AUGGUAAAACUAUCAGGGGUAAUUUUGCUUUCAUUAUUUUGGUUGAAAUUGAAUAAUUCUUAUGAAAUAAGAGAAAGAAUUCCAAAGAAAAAGAAUCAAGAUGAUGAUAUAUUAAAAAUUAAUGUAGAAGAAAGUAAAACAAAAAUAUGUAAUAAUAUUUUAACAUUCUUACAUGCCGAUGAUAUAUUAACAGAAAAAAAUAAAUCAUCAUUUAUGGAAAAAUGUGAGAACUUCGUUGAAAGUAUAAAAAAUAAAGAAAAUGGAAAUGACACACCAGACGCCACAAAUGAAUUUGCUUUAAGUUUAAUGCACAUGCGUUCGAAACAUACAAUAACCUCAAGUGUUAAUAAUAAUAAGGCAUUAAAAAAUAUAAUAGUAAGUUUGGAUAAAUCAAUGUCAGAACCUGAAAUUAUAAACAGAGUAAAACAUAUAAUACGAUUUAAUAAAUAUUUAGCUGGUAAAUUAAGUUAUAAAAAUAUUGGUGAAUCUUUAGUUUUAAGAGUAAGUAGUCAUGAAGGAAUGAGACGAUCAAAAAGAGAUCUUAUAGGAAAUAUAUUAAAAGAUUUUCACAUAUAUGGAUUAUAUUUUGAUUUAGAAUCUGAAAACCCUACAUUAUUAAAAAACCAACCAUCUAAAUCAUUUGUAAAUAUAAAAAAUGAAAAAUUAUGUCAAACUUAUAUUCAUUUAUGUCAAAAAUAUUAUGAACAAGUAGCUAUAUAUUAUAAAAUAGAAGUAAUAUUUAAUGAGAUAGUUAAAUAUACAAAAGACAAUUAUUCACUUGAUGUAAAUGAUAUAAUCAAAUUAUUUAGUUUAGAGGAUUCUAUAAGUCAAGUAUCACAACAUUCAAAUAAUAUGCUUACUGAUGAAUCGUUAAUUUAUGAUAUGAAUAAGUCAAAUUACAUUAAGUACAAUCAACUAAUUCAUGAAGUAGUACCUGAAGAUGGAAAUAUAGAAGAACAGGUUAAAAAUGGAAAUGGACGAUAUAUAGUUGUUACUAAAAAUUUGGAAAAAGCUAUAGACGAUUCUAAAAAAUAUAACUUAAUUAUGGAUAUAAUAAAAAAUUAUCUUAUUCAAGUCACUGAAAAUAAUAAGGAAAUAUUGAGCAUGGUUAAGAAAUUAGGAAAAGAAGACAUCGACCAGUUUGUGGCGCAAUUGAUCUUCUUCAUUCACUACGGAUUCUUGCUAGUAACGGAAGAUAAGCACAUGGUAUAUUUCUCUGAUUUGAUACCUACAUACACAAACUUGUAUAGAGCAAAUGAAGUACUUCUAUUACAACUCAUGGACAUAAAAUUUGAAUCAGAGGAUGAACCCAAUCCAGAUAUUUCCAAUAAAUAUGAAAAAUAUAAAUUUGAAACUUCUAAUAAAGAUAAGGAAACAUAUUCUUUAAUAAAUGAAAUUGAUAAUGUUACUCAAUUACCAAAAUUGACAGACAAUGUAAUAAAUGAUUAUUUUUCUAAAAUAAUUAAUAAGGCCACUCAUACAAUGUCCCCAAUAAACCAAAACAUUAAUAAAUAUCAAUUUUAUUUUACUAUGGCCUUUAAGGAUUGCAACAUAAAUCAAAAUUAUACGCCUCUUGCAAGCAGUUUGUGGACCGAACUUAUUUAUACAUUUGAUCAUUUUGGAUGGUUUUACUUUAACCCAAAUAAGAUAAUGUCGAGUAUUUCAAAGUCGAAUUUUAUUAGGCACGUAUUAGUGUCAAGAAAUUUCAUUUUGAAGAACAUGGAACCUCUAAUAUAUUUGGAUACACAAAUAUCAAGAUUAAUGGAUAUGAUAAAUUUAUCAUUUUUAGCUGAUAAAUCAGAUUAUGUUUUAGAUUUAUCAUUAUCUAAUUAUUUAUUUUUAUAUGUAAAUGAAUAUCAUAUGUUUAAGAAAGAUGAAAAUGUAAAAUUGAUACACACAUACGAUUAUGUAGAUUCCAUAGCAAAUAACUAUUAUUAUUUUUCGGAAAAAAAAUAUCCAGUUUUUAAAACAGAUUAUAGUAGCAAAUUAUACACAAGUUUUCCAAAUGUAUACAGUUUAGCUUAUCAGUUAUUUAAUGAGCUAGCCAUUAACAUGAACAUUUCAAAUACACCACUAAAGAAAAAAUUAAAGAAUAAAUCGAACUAUGCUUAUUUUACUAUGUUGAAUUUGAUUGGUCCAAACCAUGAUAUUUAUUCAAGGGGUCCUCGUUUGAUAUUUGCUGCAUACAUGCUAACAUUAGUGUUCUUUAUCGAGUCCCAAAUCGACAUAUCGAGAUACCGACCAAACGACAUGCAUUUCAUGAAAAGAUCCAUGCCUUUACUAGCCCCUAUAAAUCGUGACGAUUUUAACAUAUUGAAAAAAAGAUGUUCAUUAUUAACUGAGUUUAUUGAAAUAAAUAGAAAUAAGGCAAAAAAUGAGCAUUCACGUGUGGAAGAAUAUAUAAAAAUUCUUAGUUUAGUUACAAUUCUUUUAUGGGGUAAAGAAAGCAAUAAGUCAUUAUAUUACGAUAACAACGUAUCCUUAUACAAGAAAUUGAUGGUUGCCUGUGUCUUCAAUGGAGGUAAAACCGUCCAAGAAAAAGUUAUAAAAAGUAUUAAAGAAUCUUGUAAUAUGGAGCAAUAUGGAUUAAAUAAUUCAAACAUUGAAGAUUUCGUAAAUGUGAAUUUAAGUGUCCAUCAAUGGAAUCCAGAUAUUUUAGAAAAGCUAGCUACAGCAUUUACAUUGACUUGUAAAAUGCACAACAUGAUGUACAAACCUUUUGAUGUUCAAAAAGUUGAUGCAAAAAAUUAUUAUAAAUUAGCAGUUUCUCCAGAUAUGGUAAAAACAUAUCAUUGUUUCUUAUUAGGAAGACAAGCAGAAAGAUUAUUAGAAUCAUUAAUUUUGAAAAAGAAUUUUGUUAAAUUUAAAGUUGAAGAUGCUGUAGAUGUUUAUGAAUUUUUCUAUGUAACAAGAAUUUUAUCAGCAAAUCCAAGAGAAGCUUUUGAAUUGUUUUUACAAAAUAAAAAAGAAUAUCAAAGAAAACAAAGAGAAGAAAUUAUCAAAAAUAGUGAAUUAGAUGAAAAUGUUACAGAAAUAUUAUUUAAAAAUUAUGAAUGUUAUUGGUUCAAGUCUUAUGAAAAUUUUAAAUCCUUAUGGAUGCAUGCAGCAACUAACCUUAUUAGCGGAACCCUAAUUGAUUACUAUUCACCAUUAUUAAAAUCAGAGGAAUAUUGCCGAAAUGUAACUCAAAAAUUAUUUAUUUCAAUGAGAGACAGUGGAGAAAAGAGUCGUAUAGAAAUUCCUGAUGAAAUUAAAUCUAAAUAUUUCCAAUGUAAAUUAGAUUAUUAUAAAAAUAAUCAUUCUGAUCCAGUUCAUAAAAUAUAUUCUCGUGACUUUUUGGAAAGAAGAGUUUACGUAUUUAAACAACCAUAUUAUUUAUUAAGCAAUAUAGAUGAUAAAAAUAAAAAACAAUUAUUAAGAUUAUUUAUAACUGAAUCAACAUUACAAUAUUUAUUACUUGAUGAUAUUCAAAUACCUGAAUGUCUUGGUAGAUGUACAAUAGAACAUUUUAAUAAGGUUUUAUUAACAACAGCAAAUGCAAAACCACAUGAUACUAUAAUUUAUAAUGAAUUAAUACCUGAAAAAUGUAAAUCUAAAAUAAGAAAAGAAAUGAAAGUAUUUAUACAUUCAUCUUUUAUACAUAAUUUAACUAAAGACUAUUUAACUGGUGAAUUAAUAAGAACACAAGAUAUCCAAAAUGGAGAUGUACAUGUAUGUAUGGGUUCAGAUACAUACUAUACUGAAAACAUUUUGACUGAUCAACAUUUCGAUUUAACCCACAAACCACAAUUUAAUUUCCCAGAAAAUAGCAACUAUAGAGUUUUCUUAAAAAAAAAUAUUAAUAAAAUUGCCAAGAAUCCAGAAAGCCAAUGUUUUGUCCAUUAUGAACUUUCUGUUUUGAAUACUGACAUUCCUGAUCCAUACCGUGAAAUCGGCAAAGAUUUAAUUACAAACAUAGAGCUUUUAGAGAGUAAAUAA